AGAUGUCAUAUCCUCCCUCAUAAAUCAAUUAUAAUUUUCCCUUAAAAUAAUCUCAAAACCAGUUGACACAUAGGUGUUGAUAUGUUCGCCAUACCAUAUUAAAUUCAUCGUCAAAACUAAGAAAUGCUUCUGAAAUUCCAAUUCUUGCAUUUCUCUACUGCCUUUUCUCCUAAAUUCCAUAAAAUUUCUGCUCCUGUAAUUAGAAUUACCAAGUUCCGAUCGCAAAUGGGAUCAUCGUCUUAUACGACGUCGUCUGCUUCCUCGUCAAAAUUGCUUUUCCGCCAGCUCUUUGAGAAAGAUUCUUCUACUUACACUUACCUUCUUGCUGAUACUUCUCAUCCUGACAAACCAGCCCUGUUGGUUGAUCCAGUUGAUAAGACAGUGGAUAGGGAUCUUUCUCUUGUGAAAGAAUUGGGUUUGAAGCUUCUAUAUGCAAUAAAUACUCAUGUACAUGCUGAUCAUGUCACUGGCACUGGUUUGAUUAAGAGUAAAGCACCCGGAGUAAAAUCUAUUAUUUCCAAAGCAAGUAAUGCAAAAGCUGAUCUUUUUGUUGAACCUGGUGACAAAAUUUGUUUCGGUGAUCUCUUCCUGGAGGUUCGUUCUACCCCUGGUCACACCCUAGGUUGCGUUACCUAUGUUACUGGCGAUGGACAUAAUCAGCCUCAACCAAGAAUGGCUUUCACUGGGGAUGCUUUGCUGAUACGCGGAUGUGGCAGAACAGAUUUUCAGGGUGGAAGUUCUGAGCAGCUAUACAAGUCUGUUCAUUCACAGAUCUUUACUUUGCCUAAAGACACAUUUGUGUAUCCUGCUCAUGAUUACAAGGGAUUCUCUGUCAGUACAGUGGGAGAGGAGAUGCUGUAUAAUCCCCGCCUGACAAAAGACAAGGAAGCAUUUAAAAAUAUCAUGGCAAAUUUGAACUUGUCGUAUCCUAAGAUGAUCGAUGUAGCUGUCCCUGCUAACAUGUUUUGUGGCUUGCAAGAUGUCGAGUCCAAAGCCAGUUAAUAUUUUUGUUACGUCUGGACUUCAUUUUGUUGUCAUUGUUCACAGAGAGCAUGAAGUUGAAAAAUUGAGUGCUAAAAGUAUGAACUGAUGACUGUUCCAUCUGGUAGUGUAAAUGUUGAAUAAAAUGGCUCUUGCCUAAGAGUUUAUUCCACAAUAUUGUAUUUGAACGGAGCACAGAAGUUACUACCUAGAAGAAAAAGAUUAAUGCAAUGACUCAAAGAACUAUGGAUUUUAUAUA